UUUCUGUUUUUUUUUUUCAGAACUCUAUUAGGCACAACUUGUCCCUGCACAGCAAGUUCAUUAAAGUGCAUAAUGAAGCUACAGGGAAAAGUUCUUGGUGGAUGCUCAAUCCUGAAGGUGGCAAAAGUGGGAAAUCACCAAGGAGGAGAGCUGCCUCAAUGGACAACAGCAGCAAACUGGCAAAAGUCAGAGGUAAAGCAUCCAAAAAGAAGGCCUCACUCCAAGCAGCUUCAGAAGCUACUGCCGACAGCCCUGGCUCCCAGUUCCCCAAAUGGCCUGGGAGCCCAUCGUCAAGGAAUAACGAGGACUCCGACGUGUGGACCAGUUUUCGGCCUCGAACCAGUUCCAAUGCGAGUACCAUUAGUGCCAGGCUUUCCCCCAUCAUGCCUGAGCAGGAUGACCUCCCAGAUGAAAAGCUUCUCCCUUCUCUAGUAUACUCCAGUGCAUCCAGCAGUGUCCCACCAACUGUGACAGAAGAGCUUGAACUCCUGGAUGGGUUAAACCUGAUGUCACCCAGUUCUUCUAUGCUGCCCACCCAGCAGUCUGCCUCAAGUGGACCAGUCCAGAGAGAUUCCAGCUUCUCUUUGAGAGCCCAGAAGUCAGUUGGUCAGACCUCUGCUUUUGGCGCCUCUCUGUUUAACCCUGUUGAUAUCUCACUGCAGAACUCUGUGAACUGUUUCUCUGGCCCUCAGAGCCUGGAAGCUCUCCUGACAUCAAGCUCUCCACCUCCCAGCGAUGUGAUGAUGACUCAAGUGGAUCCAAUCCUCCCUCAGACUGGAAGCAGGCUAAACAGUCAGACUUUUCUGCUUUUAGGUGGACAGGUCAGCCAGAGUAAAACAAGCCCCGUGAACACACGAGGAAAGCCUUUGGAGCAGCAGUCAGAGCCAGUUGCUGCCAGUGCUCUGUCCACACUUUCUGUAGUGGCAUCUCCUCAAAACACAGCCAGCAUGUCCACUUUGAAGGCCCCAGUCCCAGCACCGAUGGCCCAAGCAGCCCAUCUGGGUACGCAGCCACUUCUCUCAUCUGUUGGUUCUGCGUCCUUUGGAAUGAGCCAGGACAGGCUGCCCACUGACCUGGAUGUUGACAUGUACAUGGAGAAUCUUGAAUGUGAUGUGGAUUACAUAAUCAACAGUGACCUCAUGGAUGAAGAAGGCCUGGACUUCAACUUUGAACCCAUUCUGUCUACGCCCAGCUAUCCCAACACCUCGCAGGCCUCCAGUCAUACUUGGGUACCAAGUUAACUUCAGGAAUACCAAAAGGUCGUGUCCUUCAGGUUUCUGAAUGUUGGGUCCUGACUACGCUUCCCACCCUGGAAGAAACGGAAAAAACAGCACAAUGGACACAGCUUCUCUGCACACCAUGCUUGGUCAGACAGACCUGCCCACCUGUGAGGGAGGGGGCAAAUCUGCACCUGGUUGCUAUGGGUUGGGAAGAGUCCUAAAAAUCCUGUUGUGUUCUGCCCCUGCCCUGCCCUGGAUCUUCUGCACAAGCCCCCAGGGUGUGCGCAUUUGAAGAGAAUCUCUUGUGAAAACCCUAAAGCUGUCUUGCCAGACAACAGCAGUAUCCCACACCAAGGGUUGGAGGCCGUCUUCUCUCUGCAGUAGCAGUAGUUCUCUCAGUGCCUUGGGCUGUCAAAGGGCCUACUGUGUUCCCACCUUGUCCUCUGGGAUGGAGUAGCGGGCCUCAUCCUUCAGCCCCCGUUUUGUGCGUGUUACUUCACAAACUUCUGGAAGAAUUGGAAGGCGCCUCGAGGCAGAAGCCUGGUGUGAAGGG